AUGGAGCGGUUUCUGUACUCGCUACUCACUAAUGCAACAGCAUCCUCGAACCUCGUCGCCAUCACACAAGCUCACACUCUGGCAGUUCUCUGCUGCUUACAACCGGCCACUUCCAGGGCUCAUAGUCAUUCUCACGUCUACGUCCAGACCGCGGCGUUGAACAUGUACGCGGCUGGAGGCGUUUUGUCUGAUGCGCUGCGGUCUCUGUUUGAUGAGAUGCCGGAGAAGAAUGUUGUGAUGUGGACUGGGAUGAUCGAUGGGUUGGUUCAUUGUUAUGCGGAGAAAAGAGGGCUGAUUGCGUUUGACAUAAGGCUUGCUAAGUCGAUCAAAGAUACUUAUGCGAAAUACAUGCUGACUAGGUUGGGCAGAUUAGAGGAAGCAGAAAUUUUGGCGCUGGAGAUACCUACAGAGAUUGCUAACGUCAUGAUCUGGAGAACUCUUCUCGGAGAUUGUAGCUUUCAUGAUAACAUUGAGAUGUCCGAAAGGGUAACAAGGAAGAUAUUGGAGAUGGAGAGAGGAUGUGGAGCUGAAAGGUUCAGAAAUUUGAUGCACCAGAGAUAUGCACUAAAACUUCCAGGCCAGAGUUCGGUAUGA